CUUGGAGGCGGGGCAGGUGGGGGCGGGCCCAGGUAGCAGGUUCGGCUGCGCGGGGGCCGCGCGACUGAGUUUCCCCAGGCUCGCCGGGUCAGGAUGGUUUCGCACAGCUCGGAGUUCUGAAAUUGGAAGGUGUGCCCCGUGGACCCAGGCAUUUUGAUUUGCAGUCUUUUUUACAGCAUGGACACAACAUUGCUAAAAACUUGCUUUGGGACUGCUCAUGAGUUUAUUUUUUGUGAUUUUAUAACAGACUUGCUGCUGGUUCCUUUUUUUGAGUUAAUGUUCUGAAGUUACUAUCACAAUGAGUUCAGGCUUAUGGAGCCAAGAAAAAGUUACUUCACCCUACUGGGAAGAGCGGAUUUUUUAUUUGCUUCUUCAAGAAUGUAGUGUCACAGACAAACAGACGCAGAAACUCCUUAAAGUACCCAAGGGAAGCAUAGGACAGUACAUCCAAGACCGCUCUGUGGGGCAUUCCAGGGUUCCUUCUGCAAAAGGCAAGAAAAAUCAGAUUGGAUUAAAAAUCCUAGAACAACCUCAUGCAGUUCUGUUUGUUGAUGAAAAGGAUGUCGUGGAGAUUAAUGAAAAAUUUACGGAGUUGCUCUUGGCCAUUACCAACUGCGAGGAGAGGCUCAGCCUGUUUAGAAACAGAAGCCGACUAAGUAAAGGUCUCCAGGUUGAUGUGGGCUGCCCUGUGAAAGUACAGCUGAGAUCUGGGGAAGAGAAAUUUCCAGGAGUUGUGCGCUUCAGAGGACCCUUAUUAGCAGAGAGGACAGUGUCGGGGAUUUUCUUCGGGGUGGAAUUGCUGGAAGAAGGCCGUGGUCAAGGUUUCACUGAUGGGGUAUAUCAAGGGAAGCAGCUUUUCCAGUGUGAAGAAGAUUGUGGAGUAUUUGUUGCGUUGGACAAGCUGGAGAUCAUAGAAGACGAUGACAAUGGGUUAGAAAGUGACUAUGCAAGCCCGAUGGAUACAAUACAAGUUGAACUUCCCCCUUUGGAAAUAAACUCCAGAGUCUCUUUGAAGGUUGGAGAAACUAUAGAAUCUGGAACAGUGAUAUUCUGUGAUGUUUUACCAGGAAAAGAGAGCUUAGGAUAUUUUGUUGGUGUAGACAUGGAUAACCCUAUUGGCAACUGGGAUGGAAGAUUUGAUGGAGUUCAGCUUUGUAGUUUCGCAAGUGUUGAAAGUACAAUUCUAUUGCACAUCAAUGAUAUCAUCCCAGCUUUAUCAGAUAACAUGGCACAGGAAAGGAGGCCUCCGAAACUUGCCUUUAUGUCAAGAGGUGUUGGGGAUAAAGGUUCAUCCAGUCAUAAUAAACCAAAGGUUACAGGAUCUACCUCAGACCCUGGAAGUAGAAAUAGAUCUGAAUUAUUUUAUACCUUAAAUGGGUCGUCUGUUGAUUCACAAACACAAUCCAAGUCCAAAAAUACAUGGUACAUCGAUGAAGUUGCAGAAGACCCUGCAAAGUCACUUACAGAGCUUUCUCCAGAGUUUGGACAUUCAUCAUCACCACCACAACCUCCUUCCAUGAACUCCUUGUCCAGCGAGAACAGAUUUCACUCUUUACCCUUCAGUCUGACGAAGAUGCCCAAUACCAAUGGCAGUAUUGGUCACAAUCCACUUUCUCUGUCAGUGCAGUCUGUGAUGGGAGAGCUGAACAAUGCACCAGUGCAGGAGAGUCCACCCUUACCCAUCUCCUCUAGUAACUCACACGGUCUAGAGGUUGGCUCCCUGGCUGAAGUGAAAGAGAACCCUCCUUUCUAUGGGGUGAUCCGUUGGAUUGGCCAGCCACCAGGACUCAAUGAAGUACUAGCUGGACUAGAACUGGAAGAUGAAUGUGCAGGUUGUACAGACGGAACUUUCAGGGGCACUCGUUAUUUCACCUGUGCCCUGAAGAAGGCGCUGUUCGUAAAACUGAAGAGCUGCAGACCUGACUCUAGGUUUGCAUCCCUGCAGCCUGUUUCCAAUCAGAUUGAACGCUGCAACUCUUUAGCAUUUGGAGGCUACUUAAGUGAGGUAGUAGAAGAAAAUACUCCACCAAAAAUGGAAAAAGAAGGUUUGGAGAUAAUGAUUGGAAAGAAGAAAGGUAUCCAGGGUCAUUACAAUUCUUGUUACUUAGACUCAACCUUAUUCUGCUUAUUUGCUUUCAGUUCUGUUCUGGACACUGUGUUACUUAGACCCAAAGAAAAGAAUGAUGUGGAAUAUUACAGUGAAACUCAAGAGCUGCUAAGGACAGAAAUUGUUAAUCCUCUGAGAAUAUAUGGAUAUGUGUGUGCCACAAAAAUUAUGAAACUAAGGAAAAUACUUGAAAAGGUUGAAGCUGCAUCAGGAUUUACCUCUGAAGAAAAAGAUCCUGAAGAAUUCUUAAAUAUCCUGUUUCAUCAUAUUUUAAGGGUAGAACCAUUGUUAAAAAUAAGAUCAGCAGGCCAAAAAGUACAAGAUUGUUAUUUCUAUCAAAUUUUUAUGGAAAAAAAUGAAAAAGUUGGAGUUCCUACCAUUCAACAAUUGUUAGAAUGGUCUUUUAUCAACAGUAACCUGAAAUUUGCAGAGGCACCAUCAUGUCUGAUUAUCCAGAUGCCUCGGUUUGGAAAAGACUUCAAACUAUUUAAAAAAAUUUUUCCUUCUUUGGAAUUAAAUAUAACAGAUUUGCUUGAAGACACUCCCAGGCAGUGCAGGAUCUGUGGAGGACUUGCGAUGUACGAGUGCAGAGAAUGCUAUGACGAUGCAGACAUCUCCGCUGGCAAGAUCAAGCAGUUCUGCAAGACCUGCAAUGCUCAGGUCCACCUUCAUCCCAAGAGGUUGAAUCAUAAAUAUAACCCAGUGUCACUUCCCAAAGACUUACCAGACUGGGACUGGAGACAUGGCUGUAUCCCCUGCCAGAAGAUGGAAUUGUUCGCUGUUCUUUGCAUAGAGACAAGCCAUUACGUUGCUUUUGUGAAGUAUGGGAAGGACGACUCUGCCUGGCUCUUCUUUGACAGCAUGGCUGAUCGGGAUGGUGGUCAGAAUGGCUUCAACAUUCCUCAAGUGACACCCUGCCCAGAGGUGGGAGAGUACUUGAAGAUGUCUCUAGAGGAGCUGCAUUCUUUGGACUCCAGAAGAAUCCAAGGCUGUGCACGCAGACUUCUUUGUGAUGCAUACAUGUGCAUGUACCAGAGUCCAACCAUGAGCUUAUACAAAUAACCUGUCAUCCCAGAGGUGCCGAGACCGAGCGCAGAGUUGAGUGUUGCAUCAUCUCCAGCUGACGGUUCCGUCCAGCGCCCAUUGCCGGCAGUGGGCGUCUUCGUGGUGAUGGCCUUUCAGCAAAGGAUUCCUAUGUUUUCAAACAAAUUGCUUUUGUGUUCCUGAAGUAUUUAAUAAGAAACAUUUUGCACUCUAGAAAGUAUGUUUGUGUUGGUUUUUUAAGAAGUCUAAAUGAAGUUACUAAUACCUGAAGCUUUAAGUUAAGUGCAUUGAUCAUACGAUAUUUUUGGAAGCAUACAAUAUUAAUUGUGAUGUUUCAAACCUCUUUUAGUCCAUUGAGAAUGUAAAUAAAUGUUUCUUCUUUAUGGACCAAAUAUACGAAAUCAUUUUUCUUUUUGUAGCUAACGGUUGCCUUGAGGAAGAAAUAAUUUGGUUUAUUAAGAGUCUACUUUCAAUCCACUUGUUAAGGUGUGCUGAGUUUGACUUGUUAAUUCUCCCCUAUAUAGUGCUAAUCCCCUGCAUGUCUGCAACCUGCUGGGUUCUGUGUUUAUGCAGCAGUGUCAGAAAAUACUGAAAUUCACUUAAUGCUGUUGCUUUCUAUUUGUUCUGGUUUUGAGAUAGGUGAGUGACUCUGUCAGAAAAUGUCCAUUUUUGAUAUAAUUUCCUUGGAGGAUUAGGGCACUUGAACAAUUGAAGCUCUUCAGUCAUGAUAAUAAUCAUCAACUAACAGGGUUUUUUUAAGGAGGUUUUAUUUUAGGGAACAGAGCACAGUAAUUUACAAAUGAUUGAGUGAUAAAUAAUAAUAUAUUCUUAUACAAAUAUACAGUCCAUAAGAAAAUAAAGUUGGCUUAUAGAAUUAUAACAUUUCCUGAAAGAGAUGUAUUAAAUAUUUGAACCUUUCAUUUUAAAUAAAUUAUUUUAUUUUAUUUUUAAUUUAUUUUAAAUGAAUGUCUGUUAUUUUAAAUUAGCCUGUGGAUGCUGUAAACUAGAACUAUGAAGUAUAAAUGUCAGUACGGUGGGGUGUCUGUUCUCUGGUUUUUCGUGAUAUUGUCUCUUUCAAAUAACUUCUUAAACUUGCAGAAGACAGAAAGUCAGAAAAGAUGUUCUAUGUAUAGUAUGUGACUUUAUAAAAUAUUUAAUGUCCAAAAAGAGUCUUUAUAAGCCCUGUGGUUAUUUUUUUAAAGUCAAUUUUAUUCCUUGGUUUUUCCAUUCCAUUUUGCUAGCAUGUAUUAGCUUUAUAAACCAUAAUAAGGCACAAAGGCUCUUCAUCUUGUGACUUUUUCACUUUUGCAAUAGAAAAGUAUAUUACAUUCUGCACAAGAUUUUGUAUGGCUGAGUGCUUAUGCUUAUGAUAGUGAAGCCAUGGCUAGAUGGGACUGAGGACCUUUGACUGGGCCCUGCCUCCACCCAUCAAUCACCUUGGGACAGGGAAGGACAUGGAACACAGCUGAGCUUGCUUGUAACUCUGACCAGCUUGAGUGCUAUCACACUGCAGGGAGCGUGUGUGUGGAGUGAAGAAAGGGGUGAGUGAACGCAUCAGUGUGGCUAUAAAGGUUAUCUGAGGAAUGGUUAGGACUCUGUAGAUAGGCAAGACUGGAUUUAAUAGUGAAAAGGGAAGAGGAUAAUUCUUUUAUUGUAGAAAUGGAAGCAAAAUAUACCCUGAGGGAGAUCAGCUACCUUUCUUGUAGGGUAGAAGACACAAAAAUCACCUGGCACAUGGUUCCAAAAUUUGAUGGAGGCUCUUCUGUGCAGGCAAGAACCUUGUCCAUAACUGAUCCCCCACAUUUUGUCCAGGUGGCACUGUAUGUCCAUUAGCAAUGCCAGGCGAUGGCGCAAGAGCCAAGCUCUGGUGGUUGGGAAGGCCCCUACCACUUCCCAUCCCUCUGGGCAGUUUCUUCUCAUUCUUUGUUCCCACAGAGUGUGGUUGGUCAAGGGGCAGCAGGGCUGACCUGCAUUGCACAGGUGGCCCAUGUGCUUGUUGGUUUAUUUAAGCUUUCCUUUAUAGUUUUCUGUUGGCUUUUAAAAUGUUCUGACUAUCCUUUUUAUAUCUACAUCCAGUAUAAUAAAAUAUUUACAACAUGGCUCAUGAUCAAUAGCUACAGAUGGGAUGUAACAAGUCAUAUUCCUCCACCUCAAAAUAAUUUUCUAUCUUUCUCUGUCUGUCUAAUAUACAGACUAAGUGGCCAGCCCUUCAGUAUCAGCUUUAUGAAGGAGUCUGACUCUGUUCAUCCUUCCACAAAAGAAUGUUUUCUAAGAAGGGGGAAAAAAUAGGCGUAAAAAAUCAAUAUAAUAUAGUCAGUGCCAUUGCUAUGGGUUUUUCUCAAGACGAGUUUAGGAUUUUAAUUAUAUAUUUCCCAAAUGCUUGGGUAAAUGAACAGGAUUGUCUUAUUCCUUGCAUUCAUCUCUUACUCAUGUCCACUCACUGGGGAGCAGAGAAAAUACAGUGUUUAAUUUUACUGAGCUUCCUACCCAACUUUCUGAUCGACUGAGUGCGGUAUCUCCACACAAUCAGGAGUUGCAAUCUCUCUGGCUGGAUUUGGGCAUCCAGCUAGAUAAUUCUGCGCAUAACUGGAUGGUCAUUGACCAAGAUGGAAGUGCAGAAUACAGUAUUGAGCCUUACCUGUAACUGCCAGCCUGUAUUUACUGGAAUUCAUGAGGUCCCUAGGUAGUGCCAUAGAACUAUUGAGGUCUGGUGCCUACUCUCAUAGAGCUAGCUUGCUGUCUUAUUUCAACAAUAGAGCAUCAAUUAGUGGUUUCUUAGCCUUGAUGUAAAAACAGGCUCCAGGAAAACACUGGGAGGCAAAGUGAUGUGACAAAGAGGUAAAAGACUAGAGAACAGAAAUUGGAGUCCUUGUCAUUUGCUCUGUUGUUUCAAAUAGUAUCUUGACUUUUUGCAUUUUAGUUUCUUCCUCUUUUUAUAAAGAGGGAGUUGGACUAUCCAAUUUUAUUGGAAAAACAUAACACAAAUUCCAAGACCUCAGGCCAUGCCUGUUGCAUCUGAUUUCCUGCUGGAAGUAGGAAAUUGUACAUUAGAAGCUCAUCAGGACAACCUAGUGACCAAUGGCUAUGGGUCAUGGAAAUGGAAGGCUUCAGAGGUCCCUUCUCCAUUAAGAGUGGGAUCAGAACAUGCUUCUGUAUUUGACAUUGUACUUAAGCAUGAGGAACUGAAUACUAAUUAUAUGUUUAUAUGUGUUUACAUAUGAACUUACAUAAAAGUGCAUUUUGGCAUGUGUACCUCAACCCACUAUUUCCUAAAGAGUUUAGCAGUGUUUGAAACACCUUAAGAUACUUGAAGUUAUUUACCUAGAUACUUUCUUUCUACUUUAUUUUCACAGGGAAAAUUGAGAGGCUGUAGGAGCCAAAUAAACAAAAUUAUCAUGUAGAGUUAUGAAAACUACUUAAUUUAUUUCUAUCUACUAUUUGUUGAAAAAAUUUUAAAGUGCAUGGGAAUUUUUUUUCUGGGAUAAAAGGUCCCUUGUAUUAGCAGGGUAUCCUAAAAGUAGAUAGGUUUGUGGCCUGGAAUUAAAAACAAAACCACCUUCUCUGUACUUGGUAAUAGUAGCAAAACGCACAAUUCUCCACCAGUGAGAAAGAAUCCUUGAAUUCCAUAAUGCAGUCGGGGCGAGUGGAGAAGAGAGAGUGAGAGUGGAAGCUGUGAGCCGAAGGAAUGGAAGAGGCAGGAAGCCCAGUCCCUCCCAGCAGAGGGCUGAGUUCCCAACAGGUGGGCUUCUGCAGCUCAUAGGAUUUUCUCUCGUGUCCAAGGUGAUGUUAGGGGGAAGUGUUCUGUGGAGAAUUGACCUUAUCCUUGUCACAUCUUUUGUCAGUUGUCUUCUGGGGUGGAGAAGAGAUGGAGAGAAGAGAAAGAGAGAGUGAGGGGCACUUUAUUUUGUUCUAAGUCCUGGAGCAGCAAAAGGGCUUCUCUGGAGUCUAAAGCAGAGACAGGAAGUUGGCAGCGGAGGUGUCCAGGAAUAACGAACACAUGGGUGUGGGGAGGAAAUAGAAAGAAUCCUUCCUGAUGACUGUAAAUCCCCAUUUUUGUACUCAAGAGCACACCACUUUGGCCCUUGGUCUUGGCAGUGGUGAUAUUUUUGUUUCACCAUAUUUUAAAGUCCUCAUCUCACAGAGUUCAGGGAGAAAGGUUGUUGAUGGAGGGAUAAUCCUUCUGGGCACCAGAGGCUUCAACCCAAUUCUUUUGUGCUUUUAAAUACUGCCCAUUUUCACUUUUUGUUUAUUCUAGAGGAAUUAUCCUGGAGACUCAGCUGUGUUUGGUUUUGUGUUGUAGAAUGGUCUUGUCCUGUGGAGUGUUGACUCUGGAAAAUCCAGGCAUCACAUCAUAAUCAUUCAUUUAGAGAGUCCCUUUAGAACUUGGCCAGGAAAAUGGUGAUAACCAGCAGUGGUUACACUGGAGCACAUUUUUGUAGUACAUUUACAUUUCUGGUAACUUGUUCAACAUUUAAAACAAUGUUUUUCCUGAAGAACAUCCUAUAUUUAUAUUUAAAAAACAUUAUGAAUAACAUCACAUAAGACAACCCCUUAUGUCAGAAUGGUCUGUUUUAGCCUUAAUUUUGUUAAACUUUUUAAGAGAUGAACGAAGCGCUGCUGUGGAAAGCAAUGUACUAUAUGCUAUUUCUGUAUCAUUAAAAUGAGAUUUUUAUGGUU